CAAACAGCGGAUUGCGGAACAUUGUAGACGCACAGCCUCUCUGUGUGUGUCGCGCUGUCUUUCACUGAGAAGAAAAGGUUUUUUUUUGUGUUAAAUUUGAGCAUUUUGAAUAAGGUAGGCUGUAGAAGAGAGAAGCUGUCAGAAGUGCCUGUCAUUACAAAGCUGACAAUUUUAUUGUCAGUCCUACAUAGUUGAGCAGAAUCCAGGGAAGGACAGAUGAGGCCAAAAUUGUAUGAGUUCUGAGGCGCUGAAGGAGAAUCAGGGAGCUGUAUGGAUGAACGGCUGUUCUGAAGACGCUUGUGACAUUUUCGCAUUGGAGCAGCCGACUGGCAGGCCCUCCAUCCUGCGGCAGUCGCAGGCUGACAACAUCAGCAGGACUGCGCAGAGAGGAGCAAAGGUUUGUUUUCAAACUCCACGGCGAGACCCAGUCACGAAGAAAAUCAUGUCCCCGAGCCGCACCAGUAGGCCUGCCAUCCAAGAGGACAAUACUAAAGCACUGAAGACUCACUCAGCCUCUACUGACCAGAGUUCAUUGUUGAAUAACACCACCACCACCACACCGAUUAAAAUGCAGAGUAACUACGUUGCCUACCCUGAUGAUGUCAUUCCUGUUCAGAGCAAAGGGGCCUAUACCCUCAAUCUCGACAAUCCAGAUGCCAUCAACCCUUUCCAGGGGUCCAAUAAAAUGGCGAAUUCACCUCCUAAGUCUUCCGCUUUGGGGCAUUAUGAGGCUUGGAUAUCAGAGCUUGUAGAGUCCGAUACAACUGCAGCCCUUGUUCCAGAGGUGACCAACUCUGCACUUGAUGAGACUCUUCCUUUUAUCUCAUCAGUGGAUAAUUCCCUUGCAGAAUGUUCUGCCAACAUAUCUUCAGCAGAGGGUACUGUCAUCAUCAAGACUGAUAAUGUUGAAAACAGCAUCACAGAGACAGAGGAGACUGAGCCAGCCCCAGCGUCACAGCCGAUCCCUACUAUGGAAGAUCAGCUUGAGGCCCAGGAUUUGCCACUUCCCCCCGCAGGAUCGUACAACUUGGAUUUUGACAAUCUUGAUUUGCUCAACCCAUUCCAAACUGGUGGCUCAAAGAUCCCAAACUCUCCUCUGAUUGGCAAAGCAUCAGUUGUUUCUGAUCCACCCCUGCCAAUCCAAGAAGCCAAGCAGGAAUCAGAGAUCUCAAUCCAGACCCCAGAUGUCCCGCCCCUGCCAAGCCAAGAAGCCAAGCUGGAAUCAGAGCUCUCAGUCCAUAGCCCAGAUCUCCCAAGCCAAGGAGCCAAGCAGGAGUCUGAGCUCUCAGUCCAUAGCCCAGAUGUCCCAAGCCAAGAAGCCAAGCAGGAGUCUGAGCUCUCAGUCCAUAGCCCAGAUGUCCCAAGCCAAGAAACCAAGCAGGAAUCUGAGCUCUCGGUCCAUAGCCCAGAUGUCCCAAGCCAAGAAACCAAGCAGGAGUCUGAGCUCUCAGUCCAUAGCCCAGAUAUCCCAAGCCAAGAAACCAAGCAGGAAUCUGAGCUCUCAGUCCAUAGCCCAGAUGUCCCAAGCCAAGAAACCAAGCAGGAAUCUGAGCUCUCGGUCCAUAGCCCAGAUGUCCCAAGCCAAGAAACCAAGCAGGAGUCUGAGCUCUCAGUCCAUAGCCCAGAUAUCCCAAGCCAAGAAACCAAGCAGGAAUCUGAGCUCUCAGUCCAUAGCCCAGAUGUCCCAAGCCAAGAAACCAAGCAGGAAUCUGAGCUCCCAGUCCAUAGCCCAGAUGUCCCAAGCCAAGAAGCCAAGCUGGAAUCAGAGCUCUUAGUCCAGACCCCAGUUGUCCCAACAUCCUCCAAUGCCUCGAUGCCACCUAAGGAGAACCAGAUGCUACUAGAGUUUAACUUUGACGAUGGAGCUGAAGUCAAGCGCAAACCUCCAAAACGCUUUGGGGUCAAAAGACCUGCAGGUGCAAAAACUGUGACCAAAAAAACGGUCACAGAGAAGAAAGAACCAGAACCCAAGAAGUUGUCCCCCAAGAAGCCAGAGGAGACAAAACCUGUGGAUGUUCCUUCUGUUCAAGGUUCUUACACCUUUGAUUUUGACGACCCAAACUUUAACCCAUUUGGUACAAAGGCUGCAAUGGGUAGCUCUCCACCACGUGGGGUCAGGACCAGCCCGGUUUUGAUGAAAGCACAAUCUCCUCUUCAACAGCCUGAGGCUCCUACACAGGAUGAUCAGCCUGAGAACCGAUCUCACCAAGCAGUUUCUGAAAGCAAUAGAAACAUGGCAGAAACUGAUCUUUCUGUCACCAAGCAGGAGCCAGAGAUCAUGGCAACACCUGAAUCUUUAUUGGAUUUUCAGAACCAGACCUGUGAUCUUGGUGUGAUGGCACCAAGUGAAGAAGAAUUUGUGCCAGGGGCAUUGUUCAUGCCAGACGAAGAUUUUGAUGGGCAGAUGGAUUAUCUGGAGCAGUUUGGAUCAAGCACUUUUAAGGAGUCAGCUUUGCGGAAACAGUCACUGUAUUUGAAGUUUGACCCGCUGUUGAAGGAGAGUCCAAAGAAAAUUUUGGUGGACGGUGGCAACUCUGGAUUCAGCCUGCCACGGCCUUCUCUUGCCAUCAGGAUGAUGGAGGCUGCAAAGUCUGAAGUAAAGCAGAAGUCUCACUAUGACAGUAUGAAACUGCUGGAUGAUCUGCCUCCCCCAGCAGUGGAAACUGUGGUACCAGAUCCAACUGUUCUGGACUUACUGGUUCACACCUUAAAACAGCCAGUGAAGACUGAGGACUCCAUCAUAGAGGUUCUGAAGUACAGUCAGAGAGACAUGGACGCUAUACUACAGCAAGCAAACAGAAAGGCGGCAGAACGGGAAAAAGAAAUGCAGACUCAGAUUGACACAUUGUGUCUGGAGAAUCAACACAUGUUGUUCAUAGUGUCCGAAUUUGAGGCCACCAUCACUCAAAUCACAGAUGAGCAUAAACAGAAGGAAGACUUUGCAAAAAUUGAGUUGGAGCGAGUCCUUCAGGAAAAAGAUCAGCUGUCUAAAGAUUUGAAUGAAAUGGAGCAAUCCUUCUCCUCUGUUGUCAAACGUCUUGACAGAUGCAAGGAAGUUAUUGAGGGAUUCAGAAAGAAUGAGGAGACGCUAAAGCAGUACGCUCAGAACUGCAUGGACAGACUGCAGAAAGAGGAAAAGCGUUAUCAAGCUCUGAAGGCCCAUGCUGAGGAGAAACUAGAUCAAGCAAAUAAGGCCAUAUCCGAGGUUCGCACUAAACAGGGCGCAGAGGUGGCAACACUGCAGGUGCAGUUCAAGAGAGACCAGCUGAAAAUUCAGUCCUUAGAGAGGGAUCUGGAACAAAAGGCUAAAGAAGUCAAAGAUGUCUCAGAUCUGUGUGAUGAGCUGCUGUUAAAAUUGCAAAAGCAUGGUUUUUAAUGCACUUUGCCCUUUGUGUUCAUUAUUUGUGUUGGUUCGUUAUUUGUAUUUGUUGUAAGGAUUUUUAAUAAAUAAUCCUAAUAAA